GAUUAAAAUUCAUUCCUCGUAUUCUCAAAACUUUUCGUUGUGUAGCACACUGCCUAAUAUCUAUCACAAUGAAUCACUUUCGCAACCUUCUUUCCCUAUUAUGGAAACCUCAGCAACCCGCUUCUUCAUCUCAGCAAUCCGUUCUUUCAACUCAGAAACCCACUCCUUCACCUCAGCAACCCACUUCUUCAUUUCAGCAAUCCAUUCUUCCACUUCAGCAAUCCACUCCCUCACCUCAACAAUCCACUCCUUCACCUCAGCAAUCCGUUCUUUCACUUCAGCAAUCCACUCCUUCACCUCAGCAAUCCGUUCUUCCACCUCGGAAACCCGCUCCUUCACCACAACGACCCGAUGCCUUAUCAUCUUCUAUUCUAAAGGAUAUACCUGUAGAAAUCCUUUUAAAUAUCACAAGCUAUCUUCCUAUAGAAUCUGCAGUAGUAUUUUCCCUCUCUUGUCUGCAUCUCAAGACACGACUUGGAAGUAGAUACUUCUUAGAAGUAACGUCCUCAACCGAACACACACUAGCACUAUUAAACCUUAUUGUCCUCGACCUACCAGACUGCGUGGCGUGUCCUUUCUGCAACCGACUACAUAAUAUGGAAAAUCUGCUCAGGUAUAGCUCUAUGACCUACAGCGCUGGAAGUACAAUAUGUCGGUACCACGCGUUGCCUUUUCCAGCUUGUGUUUCCUACGACCGGGAUAGAUCUAGUAAUAUGGUUAGUAUCUUUUUUGGUUCGACUGCGGUCAAAAUGGCUUUGAAAAGAGCGCAUCAGAAUCCCGAAUGUACGGAACUAUUGAAGAUGAUGUCCAGUUCAAGAACGAGGACGACUCACUGGGGGAAAUAUGUACGACAGUAUAGAGAAGAAUGUCGUAUUGUACAAGGACAUCUUAUGCAUCGAAUGCAAAGUGUAUUCAUCUCGCGUAGGCGUGAAAAUCUGACUGCAUUUCGAGUCCCCUUUGACACAGCGGAGGAUAUAUGCACGCAUAUCGAGGCAGAAGGACAAUGUUUCUUGAAUACUAUAGGGUCUGGGGUGAAGGGAUGUAGGAAAUGUCCCACGGAAUAUAGAGCUGAUGUUAUGUAUUGCGAAGGUCUUGGAUGGGGGAGAUUCUUCACCAGAUGGGUGGACUUAGGAUCUGAGUUGGAGGGGGAACUGUGGAGUCGACAUCUUCCACCGACAGAAGAACAGCAGACAAGAGAUCUUUUUAGGAGGAUAGUAAGCGCUAGAACUGAUAAGGUACCUCGAUAUAAAACAGAGAUUCCCCUGAUGGCUGGAUAUUUAUGUUCUGCUUUCGAGGGCGGUAGGGACUACAAAUUCGACUCACCGUUAACACCGGAGAACAAGGCCUUAUUCUUGCAAUACAGAGAGCUAUUCUGCAGGAAUUGAAACAAUUCAAGAUAACCUACAUCUAGACUUCCAGUCUGUCAGUCUAAACUAGUGUACACCUUGCUAUCACUGUUUUGACGUUCCGAAAGAAUGCACUGUUUCAACCGCGUUCGAUAUACGAAUCGACUUCGGCACAUCAAGAAGCUUAAUGGUUCAUAUCUAUGUGGGUUCUCGGAGAAGAUAUUCUGCACCUUUAUUAGCGAAUGACAUGUGCUAUUAGUCAAAAAAAAAAAAAAAAAAAAAAAAAUAGAUGUUUGCAGAGCUUGUCUUGGCUUCACCCAAAGGUCACUAGUCAUCAAAAGCUAUUCCCGAACUCUUUAGAUGAGAAGAUAUAAGCACCAAUCAUCUAUAUUUAUGGGCGCCGCUAUACAUUCUACAUUCUACAUUCUACUUCCCAUCCCACCACUCAGACUCAGGAAAAGGUAUAGAAUCUAAUCGUCACAUAAAUAUAUAAAUAUAGAGACACUCAGGCGAUUUAACACCAUCUUAACAUCCCAACCCCUCA